AUGGCGAAGUCAAAGCGUCGAAUAUUCUUGAUUGGUCCGCUGAAGUUUAAGCUGGAGAUGGAACAUAGGGCUAUUAAAGAGAGGCAGGGCCGCCAUGUCCCGACGCCGAUGUUUUCGGCCUACUGGUGUUGGAGCAAGAGGGAAAAGUCAAUGGGGGAUGGUAAGGUCUUGACAGGGAAAUGUCGGGCCUCUACAGAGAUGGAGACUCAGAUAUGA